GAGAAAAAGGCGAUGUUGCGAAAAAUGAGGUCUAGCCGGUUCAUCCCCGGAGCAUGCCAUCAUACGGUCAGGACGUUGAGCAUCAGGGGUGAUCUGCGCAAUCCGAAGGAUGGAUGCGAAAACGGCGAAGCUUAGUCGCCAAGCCUUAUGAGCCCAAUUCUUGUGGUCCAUGGUAGGAUGUGUCUUCCGAAAUCGGUAUGCUGGCCAUAGAGGCAUACUUAGUGCAGCGGUGCCGGAAUUGUCAGGCGGUCAUUGGCCCGAUCGUCAAGAUCUUUAUAGAAAGAAAGAGAAAGCUACAGAGAUAGUCACCGUGCACUGUGCAGACUGCAACGACUGCGUAUGCUGGGCAACAAAAAAAGGGGGGGCUGCAUCAUGGGUAUGCCAUGCCGGUCAGGAGAGGGUCGGUGGAAAGAGACCCCUUGCUAACCAUGAUAAAUUCUCCGAAGACCCAGUCAAAAAUGCCGGAGGCUGGUUGCUGCAUUUGGGAGAAGUCCGAGAGACCGAGCAGCCCGAGGGGGCGCCGAUAGCUUGCACCCAUACACAUUUAGGGUUAUUCAGAGCCAUGUCUCUAGUCUGGACGCCUCUUCGGAGCAGACUACGUAAGUUGUCGCGAUAUCUCGCAAUAGUCUUCGGAGCAGUUGCGAAAGGAAGUGGAAGAACGGCGGAGAAAUGGGGAUUGAGAUGGAGUCGGGAUGGCUCGAUUCCAAUAGCAACAGUCGGUGGAAUGGCGAGACUAAGUGGUACUACUAAGGACACCUUGGAAACUCAAGCUCUCCCCUGACGGUUGAAUCCUUCCAGACCCUAAUGGGGUGGCAACCAAGCCGGAAUAGGCAAUUGUGCCUGGAUUCCAUGGGGUUCUUGAUGGAGACCAAAUGGGGCCAUAAAUUA